UUUAAUUAUUCUUAACAUGGACGGAAUCGUGGCAUUACACUAAAACAUGAAAAUUAUUAAGCUGACUCUACAAAAUCGGAAAGGAGACUUUCCAUGAUCUUUAUUGGACUCCUAACUCCAACAUAGCCAAUUCUCGUCCUCCCACCUCUUAGACAGGCCACAGGCUUGAAAGUUACAAACUUAGCAUAUCGAAACAUAAAACAGCUAAAUAUAACCUACGGAUAGGUCUUCGCUGGUACUUUGCAUACAGUACGCUUCAGAAUAAUGAAUUUACGUACCAGUCUCUUGCACAAAAAAAACUUUAGUCGUGCGUUUUCAUUCGUGGGCAAAAAAUUUCUCAUUAUUUUGGGAUUAUUUACUUAGUAAAUAUGGGGACACGUUUUCUGAUCAGACGACAGCAUGUAGACUAAACUGUUUAGUAUAUACCGCACCAGUCAGAUCUCUGGCACAUGUUGCAUUUUGAUAGUUCAAGCCAAAGGUUGGAGUGAGUUUUGUUGUCCGUAAAAUCUUCGGGUCUGAUGCGAGUUCUCGGACGAACGGUACGGGUGCUCAGGUGCAUUUUCACGGCGGCAGGUACGCUGUGGAAGCUGGUAGGAUUGAGUCGUGUGGCGUUGCAUUCAGCCCGCCCUUCACAUCAUGAGGACCUGGGCAAGAUAUACUGUUCUACUGAUCAUCAUAGGAGCAGCUUCUACGCUGUUGUACCUCAGAUUCAGUGGGGAAAGUGAAAACGAUAUUGAAACUGUUGAAGAAAUCAAGCGUGAAAAGAGGCCAAGGCAGCGCCAUCAGCUUGAACAGGACCCAAACAAUGGUAGAGGUCAUGACAACCACGAGAAUGAGUAUCCCAAAAGACAGGGACUCUUUCAACUUGCUAAAAUGCGUAGGAGGGAUCAUGCGUGGAAUGGACCAGGGUUUGUCAAUGAGAUGGAGAAAUAUCAAGCUGCAUACGCUAACGUGGACAGCAAGCAGGCCGGUCGGAAGACUCACUUCCAAGAUAAGACAGUGUGUAAGCCACGACACAACAUCACUUUCCUCAAGGUUCAUAAGACAGGCAGUAGUACUCUGCAGAAUAUUUUCCUACGCUACGGUCAGCGCCACAAGUUGACCUUUGUGCUACCACCACAAGGUCACCAUCUUGGAUUCCCUGAUUUCUUUGAUCAUCGUCACAUGCUCCCUGUAGAGAAUGGAGUCUACAACAUAUUCUGCCAUCAUGCCCGAUUCAGUCAAGUCGUCAUGGACAUUAUGCCACCCAACUCAAUCUACAUCAGCAUCUUGCGAGAUCCCGUCCACGUCUUUGAGAGUGCUUUUACUUAUUUCAAAAUUGACCAUCGUAUCGGUAUGGGAAAUGACCCUGAUGCCAUGAUGAAAUUUGUGGAUGAUCCUGCCGUGUAUUAUGAGAGUGCCCCGAGCACUGUGCACAUGCGCAACAACAUGCUGUAUGACUUUGGGGUGCCCACCACCAAAUACAACGACCUCGAUUUUAUCAAACAAGCCAUUGAACUGAUUGAUAAGCAAUUCUCACUUGUUCUGAUUGCUGAGUACUUUGAGGAAUCACUAAUCCUGCUCAGAGAUGCCCUUUGCUGGCGGACUGAAGACAUGGUUGUGUUUAAGAUGAACACUCGCAAACAGACCGCAGUGGAUGCAUUACAGAUAGACAUGCAACAGAAGAUCCGCCACUGGAACAAUGGAGAUGUCAUGCUGUAUGACCAUUUCAACAAAACACUUGUACGCCAGAUUGAGGAAUACGGACGAGAUCGAAUGGCCAAAGAAGUCAAAGAACUACGGAAAUUGACGGAGAGUUAUUACAAACUCUGCAUUGAAACAGACACAGCAGAUAGAAAAGAAGGUGUAUUUGAUGUAUGGCAACCACCAGGGGUCAAGAUUAAUGCCUUUGUACUCAAGGAAUCUGCCAGCAACAAUCCUAUCUGUGAGAAUAUGGUCCGUCCAGAGAUGAUCUACACGGCUCAAUUACGAAAGGCUCAGUUUCCUCAUCUCACCUUUCGGAAAUUUCAGAAUAACAGAAGAGGACGAAUACCACCGUUACAUUAGAUUUUGAGGAUUGUGUUAAGUGCUACUUACAUAUUUGUGGGGUUUUAAUUAUUGGUCUUUUUGUCAUUGUAGUGGGGUCAUUGGUCCUGUUUAAAUUUUCUACAAUCAAGUUAUGUUUGAGGGAUAAGACAAAUACAUGAAGCCUUUAUAUGAAGCUCUUGUUAAAGAAAAUCAGUUGAUUUAUUUAUUUUUGGUCGAAACAGAAUAAUGAUGAGAAAGUUUCUUGUGCUGUAAGCUUAUGUUUACAUGUUGGCCUAUGUAUAUGUUGUAUAUUGUAAAUGCUUAUAUCCAUGAGCCAAAUUGUGCUAGUCCUUGUUGAGCAUACAUGUGCCAAAUAAAUUAAAGAUACAUGUAAUGGACACAUCUCAUUGCUAAAAGGUUAAAACUUUAGUGAACAAUUCAAUGUGUAUUCUGUUCCCAAUAUCAUGGAUUGGCCAAGCACAGAAAGUAUAUGUGCUCAGCACACACGGGUUACAGAUUGCUCAAGUACUGAGCAAAUUAAUUUGCCGUUUUUUUUCUAUCAUUAUCUCCAUAAAUUGUGGCCUUGAUGGAGGAACAACUGGAAAUUUGAUUCCUAUAUUUCAACAGGGUACAUGUGAAAUGCAAUGUUCUUUGAUGCUAGGUUUCAUUAAUUAAAUGGCCAUGGGUAGGAGUACGCGGUGAACAAAAACGGAAUGUGAAAGUGCGGAUAUUACAGAAGUGUAAACCAACCUUAGAUUUUAUGUACGCUAAGGUUUAUUGUGAUGUCUUUAUGUUGAUGUCUGUCAGUAUUUCUUGAGGAAGUCAUUAUAGUCAUAAAAACUGUUUGCAGUUCUAUUUCUUCAUUCAGUUUGUCUGGAUGGGUUUUUAUGAACAGGGAAUCACAUUGCUAUUUUUUUUAAAUUCUUUUUUGAAGUGAAGGCAACUUCUUUUCGAAAGGAGUUUAUUGUUUGUAUGUGAUAUUGGCAUUAUUUUUUGAACUGUAUUGAGGUGUUAAUGUAAACAUUGAAUGAAAACAUUCAAUAAUAACAUGUAUGUUAUUAGUACAUUUCUUAUGUUUGUUCUUGUUAGUUUAAACAGAAAAGCAUUACUUUUGUGCAUUUAUUCCCAAAGGAAACAAAUUACAUAUUUUUUAUAUACAUACGUUUAAGUGGCAGGGCUGCCUUUGUGCAUUAAGUUCCAAAGAAAAAUAUAUUACAUAAUAUUUUUGUACAUGUAUGCUACAACAGCUGGGCCUAUGUCAGUAUUACAUGAACUUACAUUUAUGUGUUGGUUUUGGCCUACCUGCAUCUGGUGCAUGCUAUAUUAUUAGGGGGUCCAAAAUGAGCGUGGCUUUUACUGACUCAAAAUUGAAUUCACAUUUUGUACAAUUUGAGGGUCCACAAUGAAAAAUGUCAGACCUUUUGCCUCAUUUUUGUCGUUUGAAUCGCUUUUGCCUGAUUAUUCUCUGGAUUUCAUAUUACAAUGUACUUAAACAAUGUGUAAAAAAUGUCCUUAAAAUAUAUAUAUAUUGAAAGAAUAUUACACUAGUUAGUAGAUAGAAAAAAAGGCUUUGAUCUUGCAUUUAAACUUUUGCAGGCAUGCUUUUGUUGCUUCUUUGUCAUUUAUGUUGUUUUCUUUAUCUCCAUGAGCUUUUGGGAAGCUUGUUAUUUUCAUAAGAUUUCAUUUCAAGGUGCAUGGGUUAAUUAUCUCUUGGUGAAACACUCAAGUGAAUAUUUGCAUACUGUUGUAAAAUGUAACCUUUUUACAUUUUGUCUGUUUAUCAUUUACAUCUACAAAUUGUUAGAUACAUGUAUACCACAUUCAUUUCUGUGAAUCGAUCAGAAAUACAAAAUCAGAAUUUACAAUUGCAUGUUGCUUUUCGUUUAUUAACAACUGGAUAUUUAUUAACAUUUCUUACAUAUUUGACUGAUUCUCUAUAGCAGCUAUAAACAGCCAAAAAGGUUUUUCGUUUUGAAAAAUAAUACUAUUUUUGAUGAGUAUUGAAAGUUUGCAUGGUGAAAAGGUAAUAUGAUAUCACCAUGUGGUAAAUCUCUUUUGUGAGUAUGUGUGGAUCCAUAAAGAACUGGAGGGAGUUCAUGGCAAACAACUUAUCUUAAUACUAUUUUUAAAAACAACUUAUUUUCUCAUUGAACAGAUGCAAACCAUUAUGUAUCCUUAUAUAGAUUGCACAAACAAUAUAUUCCAAAAUUAAACAUCGAAGUAGAGAAAGAUAUUUUCAUUCCUGUUGAAGAUAAAAAAAAUACUUAGAUUUUCCUGUCUAAUAUUUGUUUUUGCUUAAUGCGGAGUGGGUAUUAAUAGUCAUCAUUUCAGCCAGAUUUUGUUCCACAUUUUAUAACAGGUUUUAAAGUUAAGAAUACGACCACCAUUAGAGCGUAUCCCAAAAGAUAACUUUGGAAACGUCAAAUACCCUUUAUUUUUUUAUUGCUGCGCUUUUUUUUGAAAAUAAUUGUGCUAUUCUGUAUACAUGUAGUAGGUGCAAUGGCCACUGAUUUGUGCAUCUAAUAAACUCUAUUAACAUAAACUUAA